AUGGGGGGGUGCAAAAAGCAGAUGCUCAUGAACAGAGGAGCCCGCGGGGGACGACCGCUACUGCUGCUACCGCUUGUCAUGUACGUUUUUGUUGGAGUUGUGGUUCCGAUGGUGGCGGAGGGCUUUCGCUUCACCGCGCGUCCGGGACGCAAGUGCUUCACGGAGGAGUUACCGGAGGCAGGCCGCUAUGAGCUCCACUACAAAAUGUCCCGCAGCCUGACGCCCUUUGUGUCCGUUGGCGUCUCGGCCCCCGACGGACGUGUUGUCGUGGAACACGAAAUGGCGCAGGCCGACGCAAAGGAGAUUGUCACGGUAGACAACCGAGGAGAGAUUGCCAUUUGCUUCACCGUGGCGGAAAAGGCGCGGCAUAGCGCCACCUCCUUCAACGUGACGCUUGAAUUGAUGGACGCGGAAGAUGCCGAGUUGACGCGGCAGAAGCGACAGGUUUACAGCACGUCCAGCGCCAUCGCGGUCGGGGUUGGUAAGGCAAGUGGAGCGAUACAGCAGAUGGAUUACAUCUUCCAUACCACCAUGCGGAUACGUCUCGCAUUUGUAAGUCUUACGAGGAUGGAGGACGAUGUACGGUACUUCUUUAAAGAGAUGAAAGCCGUCUCCUGGAAUUAUGUUUACAUCUUUGUCGCCGUAGCAACAUUAAUUUUUUUUAUUACAUAUUUCCGCCUACGGCAGUACUUUCAGGUACGUAAGUACAUUUAA